GUAUGUGAAUGAUUCCUCUGCGCACACGCUCACUUUCAGUAAGCAAAAUGUUCGGUGACGUGUGGUGAUGCGACUAAGUUUAACCUAGGUUCUUGUAAAGCACCUUUUAGAUAUAGUUUAUUUCUACAAAUUCACUGUCACAUCAUCCGUAAAGAUGAGUGCGACGGAUGAGAGCGCGUCUCGCAAGCCACAGAGCCACUUCGAACAGCUGGGAUCCGACAGUACAUCAGCAGAAUUCACCAUGACGUAUCGAACCCCGACUUCACGCGGCACUAACCCCGGAUCCUAUGAUUUCCAAGACUUAGAAUAUGAUGGAAUUUCACACCAUUUAAAUUCUGAACAUACAAGAUCUACGGGGACAGUACUAGACGAGGGAGACUGCUAUCUUCUUGGCAUCGAUGAAUCAGAUCUGCUCUCAGAUUUUGCCGCGAUGCCAGGGUCAUCGGCAUCAGACAGCCUGAUGGAACCUCCUAUGAACGCGCCUGUGUCCCCGCACGACGACAUUGGUCGAUCUGACGCUUCAAUUUUUACUAUGAAAAAUCAAGAUUCCUCAGCAAGCAGACAAGAGCUUCUAUCUUUAGGGUCCACUUUAAUUAACUUUGAAGACGUUGCCUCUUUUGGAUACCCUGGUUCAUCGGCAGAAGCAGCACAGGUUGAAAUCACGAGCUCUCAGGUAGGCCCUCUAUCUCUUCAGAUGCAGCAUUGUGGGGCUCUUCAUAGUUCCCUGGAGGAUUUUGUAGUUGGUCCUCCACCGACGUAUGUGGCCGCAGUGUCGUCUUCUUGUAGUGAAAUAUUGCACCACAUUUCAUCGGCAGCUGAAACUUCAAGAUCUUCUAAAUUCAUGGGAAAUGACGAAUGUCGCACUUUAAUGAUCGGUGACCAAAAUAUGACUUCCGUACAAGCUACUUCAUAUGGAAUAGUUACUCCAGUCAUCCAAGCAGUUCCUUCCAAAAAAUAUGAAACGAGCACUAGGCCCAUGAAAGCUCAAAGAUCAAUUAAUAUCAACGAUGAAGAACAUUAUUCGUUGUCUCCUGUCCAUGGACAAAUAUUUUCAUCAAAACGAACUACCCAACCAAAUAGAGAUGUUUCUCUAACAACUGGGGCAACAGUUGCAUCGAAAACACAAACGCAGACUGUAUUAUCGGCAUCACCUUUAGAAUUUUAUUCGACUAAUAUAACUGAAGCCUCAACUCCAGAUCACAGUCAUUGCAUGAAUGAUCUCCCCAUUAUUACAAGUGUUUCAUCAGGUCGGCACACUCCAGACAGCACUGCCAGAGACAGCGCUUUGAUUCGAUCUGGGUCUACUUCUAAGACCAUCGUUACUGAUCCUACGAUAAAAAAACUGCCUACUUUUCCUACUAGUUCAAAGUUUCACGUUAACAAUGCACUCGUGCAAAAUUUAUCCUCGAAUAAAUUAUUAGAAAAUAGUGGACUGUUGCACAACAGGGCCAUGAAGCACCACGAUUUUGCUAAACCAUCAAAUUGUGAGUUGAAAUUUUUUCCAGAAACCGUUGAUAGAAGUUGCUCCAAGAACAAAUUUGUCAACCCUGCAAGUAGGGCAACUGCCAGCCCAGUAAAAACUUCAGGUAGAAUUAUUCCCAUUCCCUCUUUAAGAAACUCAUCCAUGACUGGCUUACAACAUUCAUUAGAAGGGAACUUCGCGAUGCAACAAACUCAGAAUAAUGCGUUCACGACUCGACCAGAUCCCGUGAUAUUAACAACGAGUUGCGUAGCCGCAUCAUCUACUGAAAACCGACUUGGAAACAAUGUCCUGAGACACAAGGAAACAACACCAUCGAAUAAAUCCAGCAUUAAAGGGCAUGGAAAUCGACAAUACUCGGAAUUCUCAGUUUCUCCGCUGUCUCCGGGAGAGUUUCAGCAGAACGUUGCGGUGGCAUCGUCUUCCCCACAAAUUGUGAUACAAAAUACAUCGUCUGAUCUUGCAACAUCUGCUUUAAGUCCGACUCUAUCGCACCAGGUUAAUGACAUCAAUAUGAGGGACGAUGACGAUUUGAUGAACAUGCCGUUCUCUACGUCUUUGGAAGAAGAAUUUGGCGUUUCACAAGGUAUUCUUGGCGAUAACCUCGAAGAAGAAUCUGCUGGUUCAUUGGCAGAUUUACAAGGACUCUCAACAAGCCUAACUUGCCCCGAUAUUUUCACCGCUAAUGGCAUCAAGACUUCAUUUGUCAGGAAUCAUUCAAUAACGCAAAAUUUGCCACAUGGACAUGCUUCGGAAAUGACCCUCACAUUCUCAUCUGCGUUUCUUGAUAACUCAAAUAUGAGUCUUGACAUCAGUAAUUUAUCGGAUGAUGAUAUUUCCGUCAGUAACACAAAUUUAAUGGACGCCCUGGAUAGAAACUUUUCUCCCAGAAAAUCCACGUCGCAACAGCCUGAUCUCACCUUUUCUCAGAUGCUCGACUCGGCAAUAGGCAAAAAGGAAGACGAUAGUUCAACAGCCAACUUGCAGAUUAGCGUUAAUACAAACAAAAUUCCUUCAGUUAUUUCGCAAGAUGUCAAUCUCGCUACAACUUCCCAACGGGAUGAAGAAAUUCUCUCCGGCACUCUUGUGAAACCAAAUCAAAAAGUUCAUCUAGAAUCAAACGCUCUGACCCAGGCGCCUCUCAGGACAUCAAAAACUUCAAUCCGGCGAAAAGAUCCUCACCAAUCAAGUGACACGCUCCUGCAUCAGGUCUGUUACAGGUGCCGUUUCUGUCCAUCCAAGGUGUUCUCUAAUGAACAUGACGCCGAAGAACAUAUGAAGAACGACCAUCCGGACCAUCUUAACGAGGUUGACGAUUCAAACUUGGAAAACCACUAUCACAAACCAAAAAAGGUCAAAGUCUAUUGGCCACGCACGAGUUCAGUAACCGAAAAUUUGCCGAAAUAUAAACUACCAGAAGUUAUGGUUCCGCCGGUAGUUUCUGCUAAUAACUUGAAUCCAGAACCAACUCUGAAGAAUACUGUAGUAACAUCACAUCAAAGUCAUUACAACGAACAAAAAAGUGUUCCUCAAGUCAGCGUUUCGACCCUUAAAAUAAACACAUCAGUUAUUCGAUCUGCGUCAACGCUGUCGCCUUUGCUGAUUCCAGCUGAGCAGCAUAAUAGCUCCAAGAAAAGUGAAGUGAUCCAAAAACAUGUAGAUGCUUCGACUCUGAAUGAAGCGGACACUUUAAACGUUGUUGUGAGUCAGAAAAGUUCUGCAGUAGCCGUUGCCAAAGAUUCCGGUAUCACACGCGCUGUCAAUGACUCACAAGAUGGAGAAACUUUUCAACCAAUUAUUACCUGGACUACAGAUGCUUGUACUUCAACUAAUCUCGAAGAAGUCGACCUGCAAACUAAGCAACGAAGAAAAAAAAGUAUCCCAAAAUCAGGUCGUCCUUUUGCAUCGAAAUCCGUGGGUAUUGCCAAAGUACGAAAGAAAAAUUGCUCCUCGGACGAAACCGCCAAACUCCUUGGAUUCCGCUGUGAUGUUGGAGGAUGCGGACUCCGGCUGACGUCCCAGGAUAAGGUUGAGUACCAUCGUCGAUGUCAUCCUCAGGUUGCGCUGGGCGACGAGGACUACGAAGCUCCGGCCACGUCUGUGGGCCUCAAGUGCCCCGAGUGUCCCAAAACUGCGCAGCAGUGGCGGCUCAUGGCCACGCAUCUCUGGCGGGCGCAUUUCAUUGACAUCGACAUGCACAAGUGCACCGAGUGCGACUUUCGAUGCUACAGCGCAUCUCGUCUGAUGAAGAGCCACAUGCCGAGCCACACCAACAUGCGACCUUUCCUGUGCGAGUCGUGCGGUAAAGUCUUCAAGACUUACAAACACUUGAAGUCUCAUAAAACCAACAGCCACUCCAAACCACUGGAAGCCCAGGAAAAGUUUACUUGCGAAAUUUGCAACAAGAACUUCGUGGAGAAGCGGAUGCUGCAAGGCCACAUUGACGUGCUGCACAACAAAGUGCGCAGGCAUCUGUGCAGCCACUGCGGCAAGGCGUUCGGCUCAAAGACAACUCUAGUCCUUCACAUGAGGACGCAUACAGGGGAGAAGCCGUUUGCCUGCGACCACUGCGACUACCGCACCUCCGACCACAACUCCCUGCGUCGCCACAAGAUGCAGCACAGCAAAGACAAGCGAUACAAGUGUACUUUGUGCUCUUAUUCCAGCAUACAGAGCACCUCGUAUAAAGUCCACCUAUCAGAGAAACACUUCAAUGAAGCUGUUUCCCUGGGGCUGUUGUUUGCAUGCAAUGAAUGCAAGUUCAAAACUGUGAAACAUGACAUGUACCGAUCCCACUUGGCGAACCAACACGGCAUUAUUCUCCCUCCCGACCCUCCUCCAAACCAAGAAGGUUUCUCAUUAACUGUGGUCAAGAAACUUGAAAAGAACAAUGGAGCAGCAGCUGCCGGAACGACACCUUCUGCAGACACGAAAGACGUCUCAACAUCAACAGCUAAUUCUCAGACGUCGCUUACGUUGACAAGCAACCCUAAUUUCACGAUAAAUGUCGCAAAUCCCGUAGAUAAUGGGAAAUUCGAUGGCUCGAUCUUCUGGGGCGAUGGUGCUCCGCCGAUGGUCGUGGACGACGUGGAGUUCAAAAGGAUAAACAGCAUGGAUGACGCAACAUCAUCUACGAAACCGAUGCAAAGAAACGAUCAUAAAUUUAAAAGCAUAAUUGGUGAACGUCCUAAGCUUCCAUCUCAUAAACAAGCAAUGAAGUUGACCGUUGCUGGGCAUGGAGCGGGAAAGUCUAAAGUGAAUAAUGUACAGAAACGAUCUAAUAGAACUCGUGGUAAACAAAUACCAGUACCAGUGAAGCAGGAGAUGGCCGAAUUGUUCGAGAGGAAGUCUGCAGUGGAGGCAGUUGACCGCUUCACUGUGAAACCAACUGAAAAUGUUGGCCUCUUAAUGAAUAAUUCUAACACCAACAUCACUCCGUCACACGUAGUAAAUUUCUCACCUAAAGUAAUUGGUAAUUCUCAAGGAAGUGAACAUAUAUUUUCUCCGUCGUUUGUUCCUUCGAGUGUGCAAUCUAGUUCUCAGAUGGGUAGCGAAACUUCAGAACAAACGUUGUCUCCAUCAUCAAACUCUUCUUCAAGUGUAGCAUCAGCCAGCGCGCCUGUAAUCAUUGGUAGAAUCGAAGUCGAUCAUUUUGGCAACUUAGUUUUGAUCAGCGACGGGAAUUUUGAGAAAGCUAACUUAAAUGGCACAGCAGUUGUCCUACCUCGGAAUCUUGCGCCUCUCGUGACAAGAAAAAAUUCUGAAGAUUCACAGAAAUGUCCUGAGAUGAACUCGCCACAACCAACAUCUAUGAUGACGAAUAUGAAUGACCAUCUCAAUUCAACAUGUACACCGAGAAUGUCCCUGGAAACUACUUCUCGGGGGCCUCAAAGUGUGAUUGUAGAUAGCAUCAACAAACUGCCCACGGCUUCGAGUACAACUUUCAUUGCUGGAGGCCCCGUAUCAACGAAGAUGAGCUCUCGUCCUCCCUUAAUAACGCAGACGAGACCAAUGAUCUUGGUGCCUCCGAUUGUGAAGAAUACAGCAAGGCCACAAAUAUCACCGCAAACGAGCAUCAGCUCUAGGGCCUCGAGCACAUCAACGUCAAAGGCGCAGCAUCUGCUGGCUACGUCCGUCUGUAGUGCAAAAAGUUUGAAAUUCAGCGAGACGAAAACCGUUCAAGCUAACAUGAAUAAAAAUGUUUCAUUCACCAGUCCACGCACCGUCCACUUACCACUGAAUCAACCUAAUGUUGUGAUGUUCACCAACACUCCAGGCAGUGGCAUCAACACAAUUGGUCAUGGCGGGCAAAUGAUCAUUUUGGCUCCGAACGUUACAAGUCCGGCAAACAAAGACGGACUCCACAAAACUACUGAAUCUGCAACGGUGCUGACAGACGUCGGUAUCCAGGAGAUUGCUUCGCGUCCUGCUUCCCGGGUUGUCUAUUCAACCACACUGGCGCAAACUCAGCUGCUACAACACAAUCGCACUAAGAUGCAGCGACCACAAGUAUCACACCAGCAACAACCGCAGCAAGCAUCAUUACAGCAACAACCACAAAAAGUUGUUUUUCAGCAAUUGCAGCUACAGCCUCAACAAGUUGUAUUGCAACAACCACCGCAGCAAGUUUCCUUGCACCCAUCUCCGGCACAGGCUACGUUGCAACGAACGCCGCAACAAGUUUCGUUUCAUCGACAACUGCCAAAACCCCAAGUGACACUCAGACAGCAGCCACAGCUAAACUUGCAGCAGUCAGGAAUGCAACAUCAGAACUUUAUAUCGAUUCCAGCGGAUCCCAAAGGCAAAGUUCAAUUACUAAGUCAACAAUCUCCAACCUUGCUGCAAGUUCGUGUGCAACAGGCGCCCCUAGCGCAACAGAUCAAACAGCCGUCAACAGCGCCGCACCAGAUGCAACACGCACCACGGCUGCAGCUACAACGAAACACGUUGCGGCAGCAACAAACACAACCCAGAGAGAGUCUACAACCUAGUUCAUCCUGUACGAAGCCAGGCGAAGUCAUCGGUGCAUCUCAAGCAGACUUCACCAGUGUUCUCGUCACCACCACAUCAACGCGUGCUAGUAACGUCUCAAAUCAGACCACCGCAACCACUGCGUUGUCUGAGGACUCGGCCAUGAAUGGCGAAGCACCCGAGAAGAGGGCCACAAGAAGCGUGUUACAGCCCGGCACCAUCUUCUUCAGUGAUGUACCGUUGCCUUAUAAAUUACCGGCAUCAAUCGGGCAUCGCAAGUCUUGAGGUUAAUUUACAAAUUUUUGUUGUUGCUGAACACUAUUAUUUCUAUUAUUAAUCACGGGAACCGCCGAAAAUUACCUGAGCAAGCACUGCGCACGACACUACAAAACAAGCCAAAGACUGCAUCGCUUCCUUCAAUACUUGGUUACUUUGAUUUGUGCCAAUACAUGGAUGACGCAAGCUCUUAGCUUCACUUGACGCAAGUAUCUAUUGGUUUGUAUCCCUUACGAUGGCCAAUAAUAAUCUGUAUAUUCAUUUCUAAUCGAUGCGAGAAUCGUUUAGUUUACCUGAAGCGUUAUGUCAUAAUGUAUAUUUAUUAAUAUAAAUUGACUACAUGAAACCUCCAAGUUGUGGGACUUUCAAAUCUUGCCGUACGUGAAUAACAAUGAUGCUUUUUGAACGGAGUUUUUCCGUAUAAAACAGAAGUGACUACUCUUAGGCAAAGCAAGCACCAUAGCUGUUGUGGCUUCAAGGAUCUUCUCCAUUUACAAUUUGUUCUGAAAUGAACGGAAGUAACAAGAAAGCAUUUAUAAACUACUGGCCUAUAGAGGUAGUAUGCGCAAUGGAUGCAUGCAUUUCCUAUACCGAUCAGGUACCCCCCAUCUAUAUUGUGGUGCAGUUUUGUGGCUGUGAUACUACGUACCUCUCUGUAAGAAGUAGUCAUCAUUUUUCUCUUUACACAAGGUAUAUUUUCCUAAUAAAAUUAGUCUUCCGCU